GUCAGCUCAACAAGUGCUGUUUUUCGAAUUUAUCACAGCUCAACUAAAGAAAUGUCCUCCGUACCGGAUCCUUUAUCCGAGAACUCUGCCCUGAGGAGCAAGAUUCGUGUGUACGACCGCGAACAGCGCCAGGAGUGCCGAAUCCAAGCGAAGGACGCGCUCCGUUUAGGCUUGGGACAGAUCAAGAAAGAGGUGACGACGCUCGAGGACCUGGGGAUCAAGGACGUGAUUGGACUAGCUUCUAGGAUUAAGCGGCGAAAGCAUGCGACAUCUGAGGACCUGUACCGCUUGGCCCUGGCCUUUCUUCAAGGGAACGAGAACAUCAACGCCUUCGCGGCGAUUCCUGGCGCCAUCCAGGUGGUGGUCAAGGAGCUCUCGGGUCCUCACAUCCAGCGCCAGAUUGAUGCCGUUGAAUGUUUGUGCAACCUUUCUCUGGGCGAGGCUCAUGUGUCCGAGAAGAUAGCGAGUCUGGCGGGCAGCUACAUGGUCACCUAUCUGGACGGCAAGGAGGAGCGGCUGAAGCACAGCUGUCUGUGGACCCUGGCCAACGUUCUAGUCACCUGCGACAAAGCUGCCCAGACCUUGCUCCAAAUGCAGCUAGUUCCCAAAUUGUGGAAGCUGUACACAGCGCCCGCCAGCGAACUGAGAGGCUGCCAAGAGGAUGCUGGCACCUGCCUGUUUCUGGUGGCCACCCACGCCCUGCAACAUGUGAGCACCGAAGAUCGGAAGUACCUGGGACAGCACUUGCACGAGAAGCGACCCGAGGAUCCUGCCAGCGAGUACUUUAUGUACAUCGUACAUCAGCUGGCGCUAGUGGGUCCUGAUCAAGGCCUUGGUGUCCAGCAAGCCGGGAGCCUAGUAAAUUUCUUUGGAGCCAGCUUGUCGGGCGAAGUUGGUUUGUUCCCGCACAAGCUGCGUCUGUUCUACGGAGUACGGGUGUUAGCAAAUUUGGCGGCCAUAGGCGACCCUGCACUAUUAGGAAUUCUGGCGAAUCCAGAGCAUCUUGUUAGAGUUCUUAAUCAGCUUUUUGCAUUACACGAAGCCAAGCUUAGCACUGACCUUAUGCGUCUACUCAGAAAUUUCUUAGAGCUAAACAUUUGCGACUCUAACCUAGUCCUAGAUCGCUUAAAUGUAUACGCAUGAGCUUUAA